AUGGCAGCGCAGUGGGCUGUGUUGGCGCUGUUGGCUGCCUGCGUGGCCAGUGCUGCGAAGGAAUCUGUGCUCAACAUGUGCAUGGACGCCAAGCACCACAAAACCGAGCCAGGCCCAGAGGAGGCGCUGCAUGGCCAGUGUGUCCUGUGGAAAGACAACGCCUGCUGCACGGCCAACACCAGCACUGAGGCUCACCAGGACCAGUCCUACCUGUACAACUUCAACUGGAACCACUGUGGGGUGAUGCCAGAGAAGUGCAAGCAGCACUUCAUCCAGGACACGUGUCUGUACGAGUGCUCGCCCAACCUGGGGCCCUGGAUCGACCAGGCGGAUACCAGCUGGCGCCGGGAGAGGAUCCUCAACGUGCCGCUGUGCAAGGAGGACUGUGAGCUGUGGUGGGAGGACUGCCAGGAUGCCAUCACUUGCAAAGAGAACUGGCACAAGGGCUGGAACUGGACCUCAGGGACCAACUGGUGCCCCCGUGGCUUCAUGUGCCAGCCAUUCAAAUACGUCUUCCCCCGGCCGGCAGACCUGUGUGAGAAGAUCUGGUCCAACUCGUACAAAUACACCAUGGAGCACCGGGGCAGUGGGCGCUGCAUCCAGAUGUGGUUUGACCCUGCCAACGGGAACCCCAACGUGGCCGUGGCCAAGUACUAUGCCCAGAACGGGAGAGACGCCUCUCCUACAUCGCGGGCUGUCCUGCUGCUUCUGCUGCCGGCUGCUCUCCUGUUCCUGCUCUGAGCAUCUGGAAGCUGCUAGUCCUCGGGUCUUGAAAUAGCAGGGCCUGGUGGCUGGCUGAAAGCACCCUAGCUAUGGCCUCUGACUCUGGCAGCUCCACUGGCUUAUACAGGAAAUAUUUCUUCUCUAGGCAUGGGGUGUGUUCACCCUGCGGCCCUGCCUUGGGCUCUGGCUGGCAGAUGAUUCAAGAUUCCAUCCGGCUGCUUCUAACCUGGACAAGACUCAAUAGAACCAGAUUAUCCCCAUCCUCUCCUGCCCUUGAACGUCACUCACUCCAUGGUUUUAUUGUCUCGGUGUUCUCCUGCCACGCUCCUCUCUUCCAGCGGGCUCUGCGGGGAGAUCCCUCCAUGGACCGUGUCCCUGGGGAUUUGAGCUCUGUAACAUGCUGUGACUCAUUGGCUGGGUGCACUUCCUCUGUUGGGUAGCAGAGCCAGGCAGGUCCCCUCUAACGAUGGUGCCCGCAGUCAUCUGCAGGGCUGGCUUUAGGCCGAUUCGCCCGAUUCCCGUGAAUCAGGCCCCGUGCCUACCAGGGCCCCGCAGCAUCUGGAAGAGGGGCCCCACAAGGUAAGGAAGGACCCUCUGCU